CUGAGGGGAAAAAAGUAUGAGAUAAUGUAUCACGCCUACCUACUUGUACAAGAAAUGAUCGAAUCCUGGAUGGAGGUUGUUGGGGACAACCACUCCUGUUCUUCCCCACAAGCGGCAUUUCCACCUCGGGGCAUUCCGAGGUUGAUCGGCGGUGUUUCCGAAGAGCAAAUGGCCAUGGAACCAUCUUUCGAGCUGAUGUGAGUGCGGACACUUUUCCUCCAGAUACAACGAAUAAAUUUCUUCACGGAUUCCAAACCAUGACUAUCAUCAUCACCGGUGCUGGCGGCUUUGUCGGCCAGAUUCUCGCGGAAAAGCUCGUUGAAACUUCACCAGAUACCCGCCUCAUUCUCGCUGAUGUCCGUCAACCACCCAAUCCUACCAGCUCCCAGAAUGUCAAGUCUGUCGCCGCAGACCUCACGGAUUCAUCUGCAUGCUCUUCACUUAUUGACUCCGCCUCUCCUUCUCUCGAGGCCGUCUAUAUCCUCCACGGCAUCAUGUCGAGCGGUUCCGAGGCCAAUCUGGAACUCGGCCUGAAAGUAAACUUUGACAGCGUCCGCUGCCUCCUGGAUACCAUCUGUACAAAACAACCCGGAGCCAAAGUCAUCUUUUCCUCUUCUUGCGCCGUCAAUGGCCGUGCUGCGGUGCAAAACGUAGCCAACGAGACGAACAUCGUACCCAUGCCGGAAAGCUCCUAUGGUACGCAGAAACUCAUGAUUGAGUACCUCAUCAACGACUACUCUCGUCGUGGUCUCAUUGACGGUCGCGUUGUGCGCCUGCCUACCAUAUUCGUCCGCGCAGGUGCGCCGACCGCCGCGGCCUCAUCUUUCGUCUCCGGCAUCGUUCGGGAACCUGUGCAUGGCCAGGAAUCCGAGCUACCUGUUGACCCGGAUAUUGGAAUAUGGCUAGCCUCUCCUAAAAUCCUAGCGCACAACCUCGUGCUUGCGAAAGACAUUCCAGCUGAGAAGUUUGGGCAUUUCAGGACGGUGCUUCUGCCCGGAUAUACGGCGACCAGCCGGGAGAUUUUGGAUGCACUAGAGAAGGUAUGUGGGAAGGAGACGAGGUCGUUGGUGAAAGAGAAAAGGGAUGAGACGAUUCAGCGCAUUGUGUUGAGUUGGCCGGCGAGGUACGAUACCAGUAGGGCAAGGGAGUUGGGUUUCAGGGAGGAUGUGGGGCUUGAGCAGACGAUCAGGGAUUUUGUGGAGGGUGAGAAGGCGAAGUCGUAGACAGGGUGGACAUUCAUAUUCAGAAUAUAUGUGCAGGAAUAAUGGCAAAAGCAGC